AUGGCAGUCAGACCAUAUUUGAGUAGAAGUGAAGUUUGGCUGGCAAGUGGCAAUUUUCGUGUUGCUUUUAAAUUUCCGCUAGAUUUUCAUCCAAGUGCAUUUAUCAAAUGGUAUCCAGGGCAUAUGGCUAAAGGUUUGUUUGGCGUCAACCAAUAUAUCACAUGAAUUUUAACUGGUCUGAGGCGUGGCCCACAUGGAAUGCUGACUGGCACCAAUCCCAGCCGGUCCACCAGGGUGCAUUCUGUGCAAAAAAGUGUGAAGAUAUCUGGCAUGAGUUUGGAAAAUUACAAUACUAUCUAUAGUUAAUACUGGUGUAUCUUCGGCAUAGAGUUUACAUGGAAUGCACCCAGAGCCCAUUGACUUCAGUUCAGAACUGUAUUCUUUGCAAAGUGUGUGGAAGACCAAAAAAGUCCACCUAUAAUUUUGGUUGGAAAUAAAAUAAUUGUUACAUCAUACGAAGAUCUUCCACACGCACAACAAGAAACACAGUUUGGCAUUGAAUAUUGAUAAUAUUAAUAUAUAAUUUUGUAUACGGGUGUCCAAAAAAAACAUGUGCUGUUUGACUUAAUGUAACUUAAAAACUAUAAAAGCUAUUACACUCAAAUAAGUUUUAUCGUAUUCAGAAAGGGCUAACUUAGAUUUUGAUAAAUAACAAAUGAAUGUCUGUGCAACAUUGACUGAGCUAUCGAUGUUUUAAAUCGAAUAUAAGCAUAUUUGACAAUGUAAAAAAUUUGCAUAAAAUUGCUUAUCAAAUAUUAUUUGGUUAAACUUGAUAUAUAUAGUUUUAUUGUGGUCAAAAGAAUGAAUGAAAAACAUAAUUGCACAGGAAAUCAUUAAAACCCAAACGCUUUGAUCUUUUGUUAAUCGAGGCAUAUUCAGAAAGCAAAGGCUAGCUUAUUCGAAGACCAACUUUAUAAUACGAACUCCCUAAGGACGUCAAAUAUGCUGUCGAACAUUUUUAAAUGUUUCGAUCAUGCUUAUUUCGUUUCCCAAGAAACACAAAAGGCUAACUUACUAGGACAUAUUAUCCAAAAUUAAAUUUAAGUUGCAAAUAAUGUUAAUUGAAAUUGUUAAUUUUUGUGGAAAUUAAGGCCACAUAAAAAAAUUACUUGUUUAGCGUCCCGCCCGACCUGAUAAAAGUCCCUGACCUCCAUUUUUUUUUUCAAAAUCCGUCCGAGUUUAGACAGUUUAGUGCAACAACUCUCUAUAAAAAAGACCGUUUUACUUGAAAAAAUGGUGAUUUUAUUCUUCUGGGAGCUAUGUAAUGCGUUUACACAAAGUAUUUCCUUCCCAGAAUAUGCCUGUUCGCAGGUAAAGUGUUUGUGUGUGACCGCCAAUUGGUAAUUUUCUGUUUUAUUAAAAACAUGAACGGUAUUAAAAAACAUGAACGGAUUUUGAAAGAAUUAAAGUGAGUUUUGACUGUGGUAGUAUACUGGAUUUCCUGCAUUUAGCAGAAUUUUGUGUUGCAUUUUACGAAGAAAAAAAAAACCCUGCCCGCCCGACCUAGAAAAAUUAAAAUGGGAGGACGCUAAACAAGUAAUUUUUUUUAUGUCAGGCCUAAAUGGCAAUUAUUUUUAUAUAAAUUUGAUCAGCCGACUGUUUCUUGAUUUUUAACUCAUUUUUAAAGCAUGCACCAAAUUCAAGCAUUUCUAUCUCACAUAAUAUUACAUGACGUUUUUAGGGCUGUAUCAAGAUCUAAGUUAGCCUUUCCUCAAUACAAUAAAACUUAUUUGAGUGUCAUAGUUUUAAUUUAUAGUUUUUACCUUAUGUAAUCAAACAGUGCAAGUUUUUUUGGGACACCUGGUACAUUAACCCAUUAAACUGCUUUGCAUGCACCCAAAUGCAAGGGAGAAUCUUGAGCUUUAAUGGUUUAACUGAUCCAUGGGCAGGUAUAGUCUGAUUAACAUUGAGCGCAGGGUGACUCUCCCCUUGUCCUUGAUGAGUGAAAUCUGCCUAGUGUUAGACAGAGUAAAGUAGUAAAGUAGGGCACAAUGCAACUUUUUCGGUGAAAGCAAGAAGAAAUUUUUGUGCCAGGUCUACAUGUCCAUUUGGUGAUGGGCCAAUGCUCUUUACCCAUGCCCCCUGGUCAUAGGGAGGUGUAUACAGAUUAGUGUACAAAAUUCAGACAGAAUUCACAGAAAUGUAUGGCAAGUCAAUUUAAAUUUUGAGAGCCCUAUAUUCAAACUUUGGAGGGGAGAGGCUAUGCUAUAUGCACACUGCAAAGGAGUCAGAGACUGUCCUAGCUGGGUUUUCCAUUGGUACAUAAUUUUUGCCAGGAUUGGAGAUUUUAAUUUGCCCAUUCCUACUGUAUAGGAAUUCCCAGUAUAAGAUUCUAUAUGAUUUUUUCAUUUAUGUUUAUCCACAAUAAUAUUUACAGCAUUGCUGAUGUGGUUGUGUGUAAAAUUAGUAGAGGUGCACUGGAAUACCAAUAAUUUUAAUUGGUUAUAAAGUUAGGAUGUUGAUAAUAUUUUAACUUCAACAAGACACUUGGAAGAGUGUUAACUCGCCGGGGCUAUAGUGAUACGCAUGUUAGAUGGUACUACAACCGCGACCUUUGGGAUACUAGUCUAGUGGGUUCAAUUUCAAAUUUUAGUGGAACUCACAUGCAACUAUACCAUGAAUAUGGGCUUACACAUGGGAGGGCUUAAUUACAAAGGGGGGGGGCUUAUGUACCGACAAAAUUUUAUGUUAGUAUUAAUAUUUAUUGUAUGUGUAAACCGUGAAAAGAAAUACAAACAUACAACCUCGUACCCAGGACAAACAUACAGUGUAUAAUCUAUACAUUACAAUGCUGUAAUCUAAUUAUUGUCACUCAUCUAAUUAUUAUGUAAUAAUUGUAUCUAAUUGUCAUCUAAUAAUUGUAUCUAAUUAUUGUCAAAUGUGAACAAAAAGAAAUACAAACAUACAACCUCGUACCCAGGACAAACACACAGUGUAUAAUCUACACAUUACAAUACUGUAAUCUAAUUAUUGUCACUCGUCUGAGCUGUUGGAAUUGCUGUCGCUGUGCUAAUUAACUAACAGGCUUGGACACAGAGGGGCUUAUAUUCAGGGGGCUUAAGUUCGGAAUGGCCUGAGUGUUAGUGAAUAUCGUGGGAUUAUACACAGGGGGCUUCUCCGGGGUAGGGGCCAGGGAGUUAUAUUCAGAGGUUUAUGGUAUAUUACUAUCCAACGUUUCAUAUAUCCUAGCUAAAUCGAUCAUACUGACAUCUCCUUGGCCAUCCUUUUUGUUAGGCUUUGUACGGCCAAAUUAGUGAGAUACUUUCCAGAAGGCUAUAUUCUGUAUUCAUUGCAAGAAAUUAUACACCAUGUGCAAGAUUUUAGAAACUUUAUAUCCAGGCCUAAGGAAAUUUAAAAUAAUUAUUAAUAGGAUUCAUAAACAAAUACGAAAUACUAGCCCUAGGCUGACUAGCCCUAGCCAAACUUAUGCACAUUCCUCUAUAGACGAUCGAACCAAGCUUUAGACAAGAAUAUUUUCUCAUCAACUAUCGUCAAAAAAGGAAACAAAACAGUAUAAAAUAUAAAAAUAUAAAGCUUUGGGUUUGUACCUUUUGUAUCAAUACUAGAAACCAACGGCGGUGCGAGUUUUAAUAGUUUUGGCGCUAUAAAAUAAUGUGGCCCACAAGCACAGAUUAUAGAUCAUACGUAUAGAUCGUAUGAUCUAUAAUCUGUGCCACAAGUGUCACAGCGAAAGUAACUGUGUCACGGCAAAAUAAAAUUAACUGCAACGGCAAAACAAAAUAAACUCAUGGGAGAAUAAAGUUAACUCACGUCAAAACAAAAUUAACUCAGGCCUCAGGGCAAAAUAAAAAGUCACGGCAAAAUAAAGUUAACAAGUCAAGACGCUCGCAAGAGCGUUAACUCGCUGGGGCUGAUACGCAUAUGUUUAGUACUAUACAAUCGCGACCUUUGGGAUACUAGUCCAAUGGGUUCGAUUUCAAUUCCACCGUGGUCAGACUUGUACCACCGUAUUAUAAAUUGAGAAAUAAAUACGAAGGAGAAUAGGGCGGAGGAACCUCUGGGUAUUGUCAACCAGGGUAUUGUCAGACAGACGUUUCAGCUUGCCCGGUGUGGAUGCACACUCAGAGUAACAUCGCAAACAUAUUCACCUGAGUACAUAACACCAACACACACAAAAAGUAUCGUAUCAUAGAAUACAUUGAUAUCGAAGGAACUAGACUCAGUUCCGAAAUAUCACCAACUCGAACCUCUCUCCUCCGCAGAGGCUUUAGUUGGCUUCCGCUCGCGUUCCAAGAUCCGCCAUGUAAAGUGCAUGUAGUGAAAUGUAUCUCAAUACUAAUCAAUUAGCCAACAGAAGCCUCUGCGGAGGAGAGAGAACUCGAACCGACUUGACCUUGUAGCUCAGUUGGUAGAUACUCGCCUGGGCACAGAGCCCCAGCGAGUAUUUAAAUAUUAAACAGUAAAGGACUUCACAAUGUAACAUUGAUAAAUCCGCAUAGUUACAAAAGCCGUGCCCAGUCCCCACAAGUUUCAAUGGUAAAAUUCACACUUUUUAAUAUUUGCAUAAAAAAGUUUCGAGGGAGUUUGUCAAGAUGUUGUCACUGUUUUGCUAGCAAAAAGGUUUUUAUAGUAACUAUAUACAGUGAAACAUGCAAUUUGACAACUUCGCAAGCCAGGCUCUCUACUUCCGCUGUUAGGGAGGGAAGCGAGACUGGCUUGGGAGGUUGGCAAUUUGAUUGGUCAAUACCUGUACAGGAUCAGACAAUCAUGCAUGGAAAAUUUAAAUGCGCAGGUUUUUUUAAAAUGUCGGGCAAUUAUUUUCUUCGCGCGGGGUUUUUUAAAAUGUCGGGCAAUGAAAACAUUUUAACGCUCCUGUGAAGUUGACUGUAUAUUAAACGAGAGACAAGUCACAAGUUAUUAGAAACAUGAAUAAAGUUAUAAUAUAAAAGUUAAUUUAAUAAAGUUAAACGUUGUUUCACUGUAGACAUGUGAGUUAUUGUAUAAAACACUUUUUCGAAAUAUUACGCUUUCCAAAAUCGAAAGUCUCGCAACAUCCCGCGUACGUGCAUGGAUGGCGCUACCCUGCACGGAAAACCACUUUAUUCAUGCUCAUUGAGCUAAAUAAUAACUGCAUGGGAAAGGAUGUUUAAUUGAUGAAAUAUAUGAUGAUGAAAUAUAUGUGAGGAUGUAGUAAUCGAGAUCGAUGUAUAGCAUAAUGCAGUCAGACUACACUAUAUAUAAUUAGUUUAUAAUAGAUUUCUCUAUUUUUUAGGUUUACGUAUAAUGGAAUCAAAACUUGCAAAGUGUGACUGUAUUCUUGAAGUGCAUGAUGCCAGAGUAUGUGCCACAAGUUUGCCAAUGACAUAAUAUAUUACAAUAAUCACAGGGCCGCAGGUUCGAUUCCUGCCAGAGGGCGCACAGAGGGCGCACAGAGGGCGCACAGAGGGCGCACAGAGGGCGCACAGAGGGCGCACAGAGGGCGCACAGAGGGCGCACAGAGGGCGCACAGAGGGCGCACAGAGGGCGCACAGAGGGCGCACAGAGGGCGCACAGAGGGCGCACAGUUGCAUUUUUCGAUCACCACUGCUCCUGGUUAGGUCGAAAAACGUACUAUAUAAAUUUGCGUUCUCUACAAGAACCCAUCUACUAUUAGUUUUAUCAAACGAGAUGCCCAAAAAUCUCCGGCGAUAUGUAUACCCAUCUAACUAUAACCAGUGAGCUAUAUACAGAGUCCAGAUGCUGUAUAUACGAAGUGGCGUAGCCAGAACGAUAAUCGGGGGCCCAUAUUCAUUUAUUCGUGUUCACAUACCAUAAAAACCCCCGUUAUCGUUCUGACUACGCCACAGUAUAUAUGGAGUGAUACCAGUAGACGUUAAAUUAACUUUUACUGGUAGCACUCCAUAUAUACAGCAUCUGGACUCUGUAUAUUGCUCAGUUGGUUAUAGAGUGCUGCACUGGAAUCGCAUGCAGGGCCGCAUACGUAGUUGAAUUUUUUCGCAACUGCUCCUGGAUAAGUCUAAAAAUGUAUAUAUAAAUUCGGUUCGAAAAUUCCAUCUACAAGAAACCCACCUACUACAUUAGGCAUGACAAACAUUAGUCUACACAUGCAACGAGAAAGAGAUGAUUGAACGUUUGAUCUGGGCUUUAUAGAUUCCAUACAGUGGAAGAAAUGAAAAGUUUGUGAGAAAUUUUGGUAGUCGACCUCAUGUUCUCGUUUUAAACAAGGCAGAUCUUGGUGAAGGAGCAAGAAGAGGGGUAAAUUUGCAGACAUUGAAUUGUUAAGAUUAUCUUUAGUAUGUACUCACAUUGUAAACUGAAUUAAAUGCUAAUUGAAGCCCCAACCUUGUGUAGGUACAUUAUUUCUCUAAUAUAUUUUUCGUUGUUUAGCCUAACAAUAGCCUAAUUAAUAUAUACAUGCGUGAUUUGCGUUUCAAACAAUGAUUUCAAAAGGUUGACAGUCAAUUUACCAAAAUAUUAAAACUACUUUCUCCAGCUGACGAACGUUAAUACUCAAAGUGUCAAUACACCAUUUCGAUAAUUCGUCAUUCUCUCCUUGGCCUGGGAGCCUCAUUCUCAGAAACAGUUAUAGCCAAUCGCCAUGCAUCAGUGAGGCUCCCAGGCCAAGAAAGUGGUCAUGACGUAAUCAUCGAAAAGAUGUAUUAUGUUGACCAAGUUGAAUCAUGUGCUGAAUAAGUUGAGCUGCAGCACCUUUGGUGAAUACAUUAUCAUCUCAGCUGGAAAUUGCAACUGGUGCCAUAUACAGUACGUCAAACUGGACAUGAAAGUUAAACGUGUAUAUUUGGUGACACUGACUCAUAUUUCCUGCAGAAUUUGUGGUUCUGCUACUCCUAAUGAAUUCUGUUAAAACCCGUCCCCCUAAUUUGACUCCAUCUCGGACUACCUGUUAUUUCGACACAUCACCUCUGUUUAUACUUUCUUAGAGUAUUUCAAAGUCUUUGGAAAGAAAUGGAAUUAGACCAGUCUUUUUAAACAGCAAAGACGUAAAACAGAAGAGUAUAAGAAGGGUAUAAAUAUUUUUAAAUGUUAAGGAACGCAAAUCUGAGUAGUGUUUAAGUCAGGUGAACCUCAAAAAGCCAAAAGGCCUUAGCAGUAUAGGUGUAUAGGCGUACAGUGAUUCAACGAGGUUGAAUGAUUCAAUGUUCUAUACUUCAAGUAAUAUAAAGCUGAAAGUGAUCCCCAUGCUGAAUUUGAAAAUAUUAAGCCCUAAGACUAAGUUAUACGUGUAUUUACUAAGUGAUUAUUUGGAAAUACUCGUAAAACGAAGAAACCCAUAAAAAGUUGCAGGAAAUCCUUUGCAAAUUAAAAACUUAAUAAAGUUAAGGUCACGUUUUAGAGUGGCUUUUCUGGCGUUUCUCUUUAUAUAAGUAGCCAAUUCAUAUAAAAGUGUCAAUUGCAGUGUUUCAGUUUAAUUUUUAACUUAUAUAUACUAUAACAUUGCCUCUCGUGUUUUUCUGUUUUAGAUAGUUCAACAAGUGCUUGAUUCAAUACAAAUUGCGGAAUAUGAAGGAGUUUUUAGACGGAGGGUUCGUAAAUACGUACACGACUUCGAUAUGGAGAAAAAUAUUAGACCUAGAUAUUCAUGCAUGCAGAACUUUUCAACAGGCCCGGGUUAG